AUGUGGAGAACGCUGACCCUCGUGCUUCUCUGUAUCGGACUAGCAACGUCAGAUUUAUCGCCAUAUAAACCAAGGGGAUGGCGUCCUAAUGGUCAACGCUUUAAUCCCACCAACAAUCGAUUGCACGCGUAUUACGGGCCCCCUGGAUUACCAGCCUAUGAACCUCCGGACUCGACAAGGCAGCCCCCAAUUUUCACCACCACCACCACCACCCCUCGACCUUCAUCGACAACCACGACGGCGACAACGAUGAAAACCACAACGACCCCGCGAACCAGAGAACCAACGACACCAUCCGCUGCCCCCGAGGAAGAUUUCGACACGAAUCCAGCUCUGGCUAUAGCCAACUCCUUCGCGUUCAAUCGACCUGUUUACAUUUACAACACGUUCCCGUUCUUACCGAGCCACGUAUUAGUGAAAUGAGUAAUUACACUCACCCGGUGAUCCAUGGAUCGAUUCGGUGAAUUAUUUUGUCGAUUGCAAGAGGAAUCGAGUGUAUGUACAUAACGUGAAAGUAGAAUUAGAGUAGAGUCUGCCGGAAGUGAGAG